GAGGAUUCUGUCACCACCUGCCGAUUUCUUCGUCACGUCGUUCUUCUCCUUCUUCUCCUCCUCCUCCUCCUCCUUCAACCACAAUGACCAGGCCACCACCACCACCAUCCUUUCUUCCUCUUUCUUUCUCCUCCCUGCCCGUUCAACUCCCACCCGACCCAACGGUCAAAACUACCGUUCCUCUCCAGCACCGCCACCACCUAAAGGCAACGAUUGAAAGAGAAGAAAAAAUAAAAGGAAAAAGAUCGAAGCUUUCAUCACCCCCACAUCAAUGGCGGCGUACCCAGGUCCUCUUCGAUAGCCCCCUUCCGCCUCCCCCUCUUGCCCGACCGAGGAGAAGGAGAAAUUAGAGGGGCCGAUGGGUCUCGUGGUGUCCUGGUACGGCGCCGUCUGCGUCGGCAUCGUCGCCGUCUCCUUCCUCGGCUCCUUGUGGGUGAUAUGGAGGAAGGAGGGCGGGUCGCGAUUGGACGACAAUGCCAUCUUCCAGAGCUUGCUGUCGGGUCGACCCGAGACCGAGGGUCGCUACUCGGUGGCCAAGCCCCGGAGCCACGUCGACUCUUCCUGCCUGUGGGCCAGUUGCUGGCGAGGGGUGCAUCCCGGUUGGCUGUUGGCGACCCGGCUGGGCUCGCUCGCCGUCAUGGGAGGCUUCCUUGCUUGGGACAUUGUGGAGUGGGAUGCCACCAUUUUUGUUUAUUACACCGAGUGGACUUUCACACUUGUCAUGGUCUAUUUUGCACUGGGUACUGUUGUUUCUGCCUAUGGAUGCUGGGUGUACUCAAGACAACCUUCCACUGGAAAUGGGUUGACGGAUCAGCUUUUGGGGAGAGAUUUGGAAGAAAAUCGAAUUUCAGCCGCUAAUAAUUACGGGGUAAAAGUAGUGGAAACUCGGGUUAGUAAAUUGAGAAGCCGCUACACGGAAGAGGAGAUUUUGCAAAGAGCUGGAUUUUGGGGAUAUGUCAUGCAAAUUGUAUAUCAGACCAGUGCAGGUGCUGUUAUUCUCACAGAUGUCGUGUUCUGGUGCAUAAUCGUGCCAUUCCUAUCAAAUGCUCAUCUUGGACUAAAUUUGUUGAUGGGCUGCAUGCAUACAUUAAAUGCGUUUUUCCUUCUGAUUGAUGCUUCACUCAACAGCCUUCCAUUUCCUUGGUUCCGGCUUGCAUACUUUGUCCUCUGGAGUUCAAUCUAUGUUAUCUUUCAGUGGGUCAUACAUGCAUGCGGUUUCUCAUGGUGGCCGUAUCCAUUCCUCGAGGUAUCAUCACCUUGGUCUGCUGUCUGGUAUUUUGCCGUUGCUGUGAUUCACGUCCCAUGCUAUGGCCUAUGUGCAUUAAUCAUGAAGUCGAAAAACUCGAUUCUUUCCAGAUUGUUUCCCCAUUCUUUCACAAGGUCAUACUAGUUUCUUCUUCUUGUGACGUGGUAUUGGGGCAUUUUCGUUUGCCUGUGUGUUUGUUGUAUAGAAAAAGGAGAGAUUACACGAAACACGAUUCAUUCUCUCUAAACGCUGUGAAUUCAACACCCCGUCAGACUGUUUUUUAGAGAUUGAACGGGUGCUUUUGAGCGUUAAACUAAUGUAAAGACUUUCUACACCGAAGCCAUGUUCUUGUUGUCCAAAAGAGAAGAAGAAGAAAGCCAUUUUCUUGG